AUGACAACUGACUUAUUCAAAAGUAUUUACAUUUCCAUGCGAAUUUACACAACCAUUAUUCAAACCAAAUCGAUCCCUUGGACAAGUAGCCCUGAAAUCCUCGACGCUUUAAAAUGGGCGUUGUACUGCAGUGAAGGAUAUAAUUACGUACGUCAAACGAUAUAUUAUGAUGAAUUUAUGAGAAAUGUUCAAUUAAUACGUGAAUGUAUAUCAUCAGCAGACAUUCCUAUUGAUUAUCUUCCAAAUGCGUAUGGUUAUUUAUUGCAUGUUUGUUUGUUCGCUAUUUUUUGUCGAACUGAUAAUCAAACACGUCAUCGCGAAUUAGCUUUGAGAAUAUUUUCAUCAUCAUCAUCGUCGUCAUCAACAACAGCAAAUCAAACAUGUUACAAUAAUUUAUUGAAUCAAAUACGAACAUAUAUCAAUCCCAAUCGAGCACUGUCACAUGCCAAUCGAUGUUUAUUAGAAGCUUUAGUAACGAUCACCGUUCAUUUACCAAAACAUUUCGAUUUUUUGUUUGAUCUACUCAAUGAUCUGAACAAGUUCGAACAAAUCUGUUUAUUCAUCAUCGAAAUAAUCUUCAAACGAUCUGAUCUCUCCAGUUCAUACGACAGUCUCAUAUCCAUGAAGAUGGACAGAGUCGUGGAAAUAUUAAAUCAAGCAUCAUAUGGCGCAUAUAUUAUAUUAAAACUUCUGCAUAAAAACGAUCAAGCGUUUAUUAAAGGUUUGAAAAACGCACUCGCUUGGCAUACAAAUAUCUUCGGACGAUUUUCUUAUGUCUUUUCGAAUACAACGUAUGAGCCGACACGAACGCUUCUGAUUGAUAUUUGCCAUGAUCCAGAAAUUCAAAAUGUUUUGAUGAAUGACUUCUUUUAA